AUGCAUAUGCAUACGAAUUUCUCAGAUGGGGUCAAAACACCUGCUGAGCUUAUCGAAUAUGCCAAACAACGACAUGUCGACAUAAUGUGUAUAAAUGAUCACGACACGGUAAAAGGAGUCCUAAAUGUGAAGACAAUGAAGGUGGAAGGAAUAACUGUGAUGUAUGGAAUUGAACUUUCGACCACAUGGAACAAUAAGUCUCUCCAUGUUGCUGGCUACUUCCCAAAAGACGCAGAUUUCGAGUCUCUGCAAAAGUUUCUGGAAAAGGAAGUUGCAACAAAACGAAUUGAGCGUGGAAAAGAGAUGGUUCGAAGAAUGAUUGAGGGAGGAGUUGACAUUACCUGGGAAGAGGUCGAGAAGCACUGCGGCUACAGUCUCCCUUCGCGCCCUCGCAUUGCAGAGGUUCUCGUGCAGAAAAAGAUCGUUGCUUCUGUCGCAGAUGCAUUUCAAACGAUUGUUAGUGGAAAGAGUCCCUAUUUCGUCCCUGCGAACUUCAUGACAACCAAACAAGCAGUCGACCUCAUUCAUCAAUAUCAUGGUUUCGCCUCGCUAGCUCAUCCUUGGCGUAGCCAUCUAGACCUCUCGAUCCUCAACGAAAUCGCAAAUCUGGGAAUGGAUGGCUUGGAAUGUUUCCCGCCAAGUCACGAAAAAGUAUUCAACACACAGUUCUAUUUCCAAUUCGCGCAGCAACACCAUCUGAUCCCUACCAGUGGUUCGGACUAUCACGGAAAUAAGAAUCCGGAAGUAGAGCCUGGAAACAAUCCUUUCCCCGAUGAAUGCAGACUAGCUGUUAUUGAGUGUUUUAAAAAACAAGGUAUUUUAUAA